CUUCACAGCAAUGCUUACGCUUUACUAUGUUACUGCCGAUAAAGUAUAUUAGUGACUGUACUCGACUUAUGUGGAUAAAAUUUUUUUUAUGCGUUUAACUAGUGUAAGUUUCAAUCUAAAUCGCAUUCGUAGCUGAAAUAUAUUAAUGUGUACACUUUUAGGUUUAAAUCUGUGCCUUCUAGAUCUAGAUUAGAAUCUAGAUCUAUUUGGUUGUGACUAUAACUUGAGCUUUACUUCUUAUUUUCUGCGCAUCGAUUUGACGCAUAGAACAAAGUAUGUGCAGCAAGCCUAUGACAUCGAAAAAUAGUUUUAUAUCAUUGAUCUAAUUAUGUCCUUUAAAUGUAUUAAAACAUUAAAUGUAAAGUUUAUUAGAAUCAUAUAGUCUAGGAUUAAAAUCAUAUUCAUUAAGGCCAUGUGUGAAGAGAAAUCUAUCUAAAUACUUCAAACAAACAAAAAAGUAAUUACAGUCAAUGAUGGAUGAGACAACAGAUCAAUCUGCUCCUUCUGUGUUGGAAUUCAAUACUGUUGAGCUUCCGCCAUCAAUAGAAAUUAAAGAAUCUUCUAUUCGUGCUGGAGAAGCAGGUGCUUUUGCGAAAGAAUUGAUUGCCAAGGAUACUAGGUUUGGUCCUUACAAAGGGGAGAUCAUAAAUGCUGGGGUUAGAAAAUACAUAGAUUACAGGUUUGCAUGGGAGGUCCUAGAGAAGAGAAGCCAUAUCCUGAGGCACACUGUUUGUGCUAUGGAUACUAAGCUAUCCAACUGGAUGAGACAUGUUAACUGUGCACGAUUUUAUGAGGAACAAAAUAUUCUGUCAGUUCAGGAUGGAUUCAGUAUAUUUUAUGUGGCUAUGAAGGAUAUAAAGCCUGGAGAGGAGCUUUUAACUUGGUUUGAUCCUAAACUGUUAAAAAGAACCAAGAGACGAUUAUCUAAGAUGGUAAGAAGACCUGUUGGAUACACCAUAGAACUUGUUCCUUGGACUGAUGAAAAAAAAUUUGUUCCUGAGAUUAUUGAGACAAAGAGAGCCAGGAAAAAGAAGGUCUUGAGUGACAUGAUCAGCCUCGAUGAAAACCCAAUGGCCAUUACAAGGACUCUUCAGAGUCUUCCAAAAGUCCCCUGCACCCCCAGGCAGCUGGCUCAGUCUGCUACCUACAGACAUCUGUUUGCAUCCCUUAUUGAGAAGGCAGAGUCUUCCCCCAAGCCAGACUCUAGAAGGUCAGCGUCUAGAGACAAAUCAGGAAAGAAACAAAAGAUAGACCCUGUAGUCAUUCACAGUCAACACAAUAAGCUCAAGACUAAAACAAAUAAAGGUGAAACCCAAAGGUCAGAUUCAAGCUCUGCAUGGAAAGAUGUUAAAAAUAUUGUCAGCGCAUCUUGUAUGAAUAAAAUGGCUAAUACUAUCAAAAUGGAGAUUUUAACAAACACCCAUACAACAGAUGAAAAGGUGUUAAAAAGAGGGCAACCUCUGUUAGAAGGAAACUCUGCUAUUUGUCCCAAACCUAGAAAGCCAAGAAGGCGCACUAAGAAUAAUAGCAUUCUUGCUAUGAAUGAGCUCACUGCACUGAAACCUAUAGUUUUCAAAUCUAAUGACGAUGGUUCCAUGUCGGUGGAGGAUCAUGAUGAGUCCUUUCUACUGAAGGAUAUGGAAUUCCGUGCCGAGUGUGAUGAAGAUUGCCCUUGUUUGGAUAAAAAGGAAGCCACGAAAAGCCAUGACCUGGACAGACGAGACAAAGAGUCUUUUGUGAUCUAUUUCUCUCUGCUCCCAGAGCACAAAACCUUGAGCCCCAAUAACAAGGUCAUGUACAAAUGUGAUAUUUGUGGUAGUGCUUACAACCAUGCCUAUAGCUUAAAAAGGCAUUACUUAGGUAUUCACAUUAAUCAUCGCUACUUGACCCAGAGUGAUAUUCAGAGCUGCCAAAUCAAAACAUUCCAUGUUGAUACACAGCUUCAGAUAUGCUCACCAAGGUAUCCAACACCCAUUGCUGAUGACAAGGAUAGGAAUGAAGCAGACAUUAAAAAUAUAAGUGACAAUGCUAUAAAUGACAAUACUGAAACUUGUGAGCUGAAAUCUUUGUCGAUUAUUCCUUCUUUAGCUCAGCUGGCUAAAAUAGUCAUAGAGAAGAUUUCAACAAUAAGCAAUGCCCCAAUUGUGACCACUGAACUGAAAAAAAGACUUGUACUGACAAGUUUAGAUUCAAAUGGUGAAACUUCAAAUGGUGAAACUUUGGACAAAACUAGGCUGGAUAGACAUGAAUUAAUAAUGAACUCUGAAAAAGUUCAGUCAACAGUAGAUGUACAAGCCAGCGAAGAUGUAUCUGAUUUGAAUAGUGGUGAGUUAUGCUCUCAUUCAAAAACAGAAAUGUCUGACUCUUCAAAGAUGUGUCUGCAGGCAGACAAAAUGUGUGCAACUCUAGAAGAUAGGGAUUUGUCCUGUGUUGAAUCAUCUCCAAGUCUGUCUGAGGAGUGCACAGCUAACAACAUGAGUUAUACUUGUGUUAUCACCGAGUCCUCUAAGACAUCACACUUGACUGAAGGGCAUUCUGUUGGUUUAAUAGACAAAGUAUCAUCAGCAAUUUUCAAGGUGGCUGAGGUGGAUGAUGAUUCAGAACAGAUAACUGUAGCUGGCAAAGUCAUAGAGGCUUCAAGUAAUACUGAAACCCAAGAUGAUGCUUCAGAAGUUGAUGCUGUCUCAUUGAGUUCCUGUUCUGAUAAUCAUUUGACAUUGAACAGUGAUGAAAGUACUAAACUUUUCUCAGAGACUAGUCUACCUCAUAAUGUCCUGUGCAAUUCUGAUAUUUCUAAUCUUCAGCCUUCAAACUUUUUAGACACUAGUACAGAAAUGUCUCCAGUGCUUGAAAGUGUAUGUGAGCACAACAAUUUGUCUUCCACCGACAAUGUAACUUCUCAGUUAUUGACAAGUAGUGAGGAUGUUAAUAAACCUAACUGUCCUGCACCUGAAACAGAAAACUUGCAUUGUAGUCUAAAAGAGCUAGAUAUUGUCAGUGCUGAAAAUACUGCUUCAGAAAGGUCUAUGGAGACUUUGCUUUCAAAUAGUGAACUUAUUGAAAGUGAUUCAAUUUGUAAUGUACAACCUUCAAAAACUUCAGUAUUAUCAAACACUUCAGAUUCAAAAAUACUUUCACUACCAGCCAUUAUAUCUUCAGAUAUUCCAUUAUCAGUUGACCCGCUCCAAUCACUUACAUUCUCAGCUCAUAGUGAGACUGUAGCAUCUGCUGGUGUUAACAGUUCAACACCUUUAGCUAUAAAUGAGCCAGUAUCAUGUUCUGAUGUAAACAGUUCAGCAUCAUUAGCACUUAGUGGGUCAGUAGCUUGUACUGAAACCAUAAGCUUAACGCCCAUCUCAUCUAAGGCAGAGUCUGUGGUUACACCUUCUUCCACUCUAAUUUCCUCCCUAGCCUCCAGCACAUCAGUUAACUCUAUCGCUGUGGCCGUCUCUGCUAAAAACUCUAGCCCAUUGACCCCUCAAGUGAUUUUUGUCACCAACAUUGUUUUCCCCAUCGUAACCACAUCACACAAAGCUCUGACUACAUCAGCUCAGAGUUCAACCUCUUCAGCUCAAGCAGUGACGACAGCGUGUCUGGCCAAAACUUUAACUAAAGGUAACCAGUCCACAGGUGUGCCGCUAGUACUUAUAUCUCCAAUCACUGGCGGAAUAAGUGGUGCCAAUGCAUUCCUCCAGUCCUCAAAAGCAUUGAAAACCAUUCAGACUUUACAGAACUCAUUGAAUGCCAGGAGUCUUAGCAAGGCACCAACUAUAAUCACAGGAACUAAAGGAAGUGCCCCCACAAUGUGCACAGGAGUUAGUACAGUGGCAGGAAAUUUAGAAUCAUGCAUCAACCAAGCUACAGUUGCAGUGCAUAUGAAAUCACCAGUGCAGCCUCCAGUGACAUCUUCUACUCUGCCAUCUAGUUUGUCAUCUCCUAGUGUAACGCCUGUCAUUGGCCAAGAGAAUGGGAGUGACCAGCCUGAGGAUCUGUACCGCUGUCACAUGUGUGUCCUGUUGUUCAAAACAAUGAGCCAACUGAAAAAUCACAUCAAGAAUGACCCUCACCGCUUUAAAGGUGGCAUCAAGCAGUAUGCUUGUUCACAUUGUAGUGUGAGGUUCUCCAACAAGGCUAAUUUGAUGCGACACAAUUUGAUUCGACACAAUCUUAUAAAUCAUCAAGAGGAAGGAAAUCAUAAACACAUAUGUUAUACUUGUGGAAAAGGAUUCUCCACUGAAACAUAUCUAAACAUGCAUGCCCGUUUCCAUUCUGGUAAAAAUUUUCCAUGUAAAUAUGGCUGCGAGGAUCUAGUUUUCCCAAACGCUGCUACACUGGUGAAACAUCUGCGAACUCAGCAUGCUGGUCUGGACCUUAAGGAGUAUUUGAAAAAUGUAAAGCCUAGAGACAGGAAAAAGAGAAACAGGGUUAAAAAAACAAGUGAUCCAGUGGGAGUUGUUCAGGUGACUGGUAUUACCUCUGAGUACCAAAGCCCUGCUCCAUAUAGCAUGAUGCAGCCUGGCAUAGGAUUCCAAGCAAAGAGAACAAAGCUUAAACUAUCUCGGGAAACAGUAGCCAAUGAGAUCAAAACUGAAGCGAUUACAGAUGAUGAGAAAUCUAAUGAUUCAAAACUAGAGGAAAUGAAAUGUGAAGAAAAUAAUGCACCUGAGACUCUGCUGUUUAAAUGUAAACUAUGUCUGAAAGGCUUCUCUACACAUUUGAGGCUUCUUCAACAUAGAACACUAAAACAUGGCACCUCCCAGUCUGUUCAAGAGUACCUUUACCAGAUGUCAAAGGACGUUUAUGACGAUGAGUACUCUGAGCAGGAUUCUAGCAAAUUAGAAGAUAUCUCCCCUCCUUCUUCGCCAAAAACAUUUUUUAGCAACGUGAACAGGAAGGGCUACGAAAAUAUGAAACAUUACAUAGAUGGGGGACUGGAGUCCCUAAAGAACUGGAGGAAGUAUUUGAAAGUGGAAGACUAUGUAUCACUAGCAGAGCCUACACUUUGCACAGAUACUACAGACUGUAAGAUGGAAUGGACUUAUUAUAAUUUCCCUCCUACCUUUGUCUACAAGAGUGACUGCACAGAGUUUUAUAAUGAGGAAUUUCAGGAAAUUAAAUCUGAGACAGGUGCUGAUAAACUGCAUCAAAAUGAUAACAGUGAUGCCCCAGAAGAGAACCAGGCUGUUUUCCCAAUGGAUGAGAGGAAGACAGAACAAUCUACAGUGAUUAAACCUGAAGCAGAAGAUGUUAGUUAUGGUGCUGUAAGCCAAGAGAGAGGCUAUGACAUUAUUACUAGACUUGAACAACGUCUGCUGGCUGACCAAGACAAUUCUGAAAUCUCUGAUAAAAAGAAAACCCUAGAUGAUAAUGAUACACACAUAUCAGUGAAGAUUAAAACUGAAGUGGAAGACAGUAGCUAUGAUGAGACUAGUUUGAACAAAACCUGCAAACAUUCCAAUACCCAUGAGGAUUGUGAGAUCCUUGAUUCUCCAUAUUUUUCAGACAAACCUUCUGAAUUUGCUGUGAGCGAUAGUAUUCAGGACAUCUCUAUGCAAGUGACAAGCAUGAACUCUAUAGACAGUGCUGAAAAGAAAGAUACACUCUGUAGACUGGACAGUGGCUUUAGUUCACUGAGCUCAAGUGAAUCCCCAAGUCUUGAUUUGUAUGAAAAUGAUGCCAAAGUUUUAGACACUAACUCCAGUGAAAUAGGUUCAGCAGGUCAUGAUGAGGACAAACUUCAAAACUUUAUGCCUGAAAAGAGUUGCGUUGAUAUUUCUUCUGUUCCAGUUCUUCAUACCUCAACUCCAUCAAAAAGAGAAUUUAAAAGACAUAUUCUACCUGACUUUCCACUCCAGGAGAAGUUGGAAGCUCUAGAGAGUUCCCAUAUACAAAGUAUCAACCUUGAAGCCAACCACAGUCAUUGUGUCAAGUCUGAACUGUCAGCAUCAAGACUUAUUGAUUCAUUAAACUUGCAUGUAACAGGAAAUCAGCUUCUGUCAACCAAAAUAAUGCACAUAUUAGAAAAAUACAGAAGCUCUGAUUUGUGUCCUGCCAAAGGAAACAGAAGACAAAGGACUCUGUCCUUACCUUCCUUAGGAUUAGUGAGUUCCUCUAAAAGGGUUCACCAUACAUUUGCUAUGGAUGGAUCUCUCAACAUGUCUGACUCCUCUAGACAUGAUCAUAAACGUUAUUCUAUCUGGACAGGCCAGAUACAUCAAAAAGUUUUGAAAGAAGCUGGUGAAAGCACGUUUUGUUGCCCUGUGGUAGAAACUGUCAAGAAACAGGAAUCUAUCAGGCUGCGUGAACAGUAUAUGUAUGAAAAAGCCUCACGGGACAGAGAAAAUGAUGGUAAACAAAUAAAGAAGAAGUCUGACCAAGAGAAGGUGGAAUUUGCCAGAGUUAUGGGCUUGAUGCAGAGAAGAGAAUUUGAAAUAUCCCACCAUGCCAAAAAGUUAGAAGAACACAUCAUCAAGCCUCCAGAGAUAUGGAAGAACUAUGAAAACAUUUGGUUUGGCAAGAAAGGAACCAUUGCUGUGGUCUGUUCCAUCUGCCACAGACACUUCAGUUACUGGGAUCUGUGUCUCCGGCAUCAGCUAAAGAAGCAUCCUCAUAUUGAACCUGCUUCUAUUGAGAUGGAAAGAAACAAUGAUGUGGAGGACCUCUACUACUACUACCCUAUGAGGUAUGGCAUCCUGGCUCAGACUCAACUUAUCCCAGACAAUCUCCCACCCAUAGAAGUGUAUGUUUGUACACGGUGUGGUUUUCCGUUCAAGAAUCUGAACAGGCUUCAUUCCCAUAUCAUAGAUUGUGAUCCUGCCCGGGAAGCAUCAUCAAAAGCUAGAAUCUUGGGCAAGUCAUCACAUACAAAAAAGAAGUUGCUGCCUAUAAUGGACAGAAGGUUAACACAGGAGCCAGAACCAAUGCCUUCUAGAAACAGACAUGGAAAAAAUCUCAAAAUUUCCUCUAAUACAUGUGAUAGAAAUAAAAGGAGUGUACUGACUUUAACACCUUCACAGGCCGCUAAAAGUAUGCAGAAGAUUUCUUGUCCCCCUAAACAAGCCAAUGUCAAGAAUAGCCCUACUUUCUUUUCCCAUAAUUCAGUUGAUGCAGGCAGUAAACAGAAGAGCUAUGACCUGCUGUACAACCCCCAGAACCAUAUGAGAAGAAGAGAGCUGUACAAAGUGCUGGACCAGCAUCAGUGCCACGGAUGUAACCUGAAAUUCAACUCUCUCUCAAUGCUGGAGAGGCAUGUCAAUAAAUGCAUUGGGAGAGAAAAACUUCAGAGUCAAAAGCCACUGGUCAGCCAGAUCAUUCCUGAUGAUGCGGCUGUGAGGAAGCAACACACAUGUCGCUACUGCAGCAAAAGGUUUACCUUCAUCAAAGGAGUGGAUUUGCACUACAAGAGGAUAUGUGCUGUAAGGAAGGUUAAAGAAGAGGAGAACCAGUUGACAGAAGAGGACUUGGCGCAUGAAGAAGAACUCAAGCGAAUAAUUGAGCACAUGAAGUGGAGCAAGGCCCUUAAUAAAGACAGCAGUGAUAUUAUCCAAGGCCAUGUUAGGGUUGAAGAAGAUGGAACGUUAACUCGUGUUGUUAAAGAGCAAAGUUGUCCCAAGGGUGCAAGGAAAAAGAAAGCCUUGAACUUAUCAAAACAAAUACAAAAUGAAGAGGAUAUGUCUUUAUCUUCUUCUGCCUCAAGUAGUAGCCAGAAUCUGUCUAGUAAUAACACACAAAUUGUUGAAGAUGCAACACCCUCUGAGAAACCAUGUAGACGACUAACUAGAAGCACAAGUUUAGAGAAAGUUUCUCCUGUAUCAACUACUGGGAAAAGAAAGUUGGCAUCAUCAACCUCUGACAUGUCUUUAAAGAAAAAAACUCGAUCUAAUUCAUCAAGAAGGGUUAGGAAUGAUAACAGAAGAAAGAGUGAAUGCAAUGCUAACAGAUCCAGAAAGCAGAGUGUCACUCCCAGAAGUAGAAAUGCUAGCGUUAACAAAGUACAAAACGGAAAGCUUCAAAAAACUGUCUCGGAAAGCUCUUUGUCAAGAGCCUCAGUAAAUGAAAGUGUGCGCCUCCCAGCUCGUAAACGAGGUAGGCCUCAAAAGUUUGAUCCCAGUGACUUGGAAUCCAGUUACAAAAAGAAGAAAAAGCUAGAAAUGUUUCAAAAACAAACUAAAGCUGAAAUGUCCAAAACUGACUGUCCUAAACCAAAGUCCAACAGCGCAAUUAAAACCAAAGCUGAAAUGACAUCUAACAAAAAAACUGCCAAUUCAGAAGCCUCAAAUAGGAAUCAAAGGCAGUCUUCAUCAACGCCAUCCAAUAAAACAGUGUUGAGAGAGCUGACUUCGGCAGAGUCUAGUAAAAUGAUGGAGAAGAUGAAGCAGCUGAAAGAGGCGGCCAAACUGGAGAGUGACAUUGAGACGAAACUUAAGAGAGCCAAACAAGCCAAGAAAGUGAACGCCAAGAAAUGCAGUGACCAAGACUUGAUGUUGAACUCAGACUCUCAGUUGAAGAAGUCCCCUGGCAGGACUCAGUCCUCUGAACUGUUCAAGCAGCUGACAAAAAGUGAAACAAAGGUUACAUUGGUCAAGCCUUCUUUACCGAAUCCUUCACCAAAAAUGAGUGACAAGAAAAUGCUUACUUCAAACUCUACCAAUGUGUCAACUCUGACUUAUUCAAAACGAAAGAAUUCUGAAAUCCCCCAGGGUGCUUCUCCACCAAAGAAAAUUAACACAACUGUCCACUCUUCUUCACCAAAGAAAUUGAAUUCAAACAGUCCAUCUCCAAGCCAGUCAGCUUCAACCACCGGUAAAACAGGCUUAAAAAGUUCCCCUGCAGCUGCUUCCGAAAUGAUUACUCUAGCCAAAACCAAAGCACCAGAGACAAACCCUUCAGCAGUAGUGGACAAAAUUUCUCCCAAGUCAGUCCCAGUGAAAAUUAGUACUUUGCCCACUAAACUGACAACAUCUGUGGCUGGAUCUAGUGUAGAAAGUGCAGCAGUGCCAACAUCUAAAGCCCAACCUGUUUGUGUCAGAGUGGUCACACUUUCUCCCAAUGGAAUGAACCUUUUGACCUUUGAUUCCCCUGCUGAUGUUCCCACAAAGGUAGUCAGUCCUUGCACACCUGUCACCAAAUCUCCUGAAGUCUCCACCAUUUUGUCUAAGAAAAUUGUGAAGACAUCUUCUCUUGAAACACUUCAGUUGGUAUGCUCAGCUUCAGUCUCACAGCCUGAUACAAAACCACUGGAAGGAAAUAAACUUCUGAACACAACUAUUUCAAUUCCAACUCAUAACAUUCCAUCUUCUAGUGUAAAUACAUGUAUCAAAAUUAAAAAGCCAUUAAAUCAAGUUGUGGUCAAGACUGCUGAGGAAAUAAGUGUGAAAAACAAAAACACUACAUCUGACCAUCAAUUGUCGGCUGCAAAUUCUGUUUCACAAAAAGGUGGUCAAAGCCAUUUUGUAAUAUCUCAGAUGGAGAGCUCACCUGUAACAACCACACUUUACACAGUGGCCAAGCCUCAGGGUUACAGUGUCUUAAAAACAGCACCAGUAGUACAUAAUUUAUCUACCGAAGGAGUUAAAACAAUUGUGACAGCUCCAGGCUCUAAGUUGGCUGGUAAUCAGAUUGUGCUAAAUAAUCCAAGACAAAAAUUUGUGAAAUUGACGUCUCCUGUACAGAAAGUGAAAUUCCUGGGCAAUUCAGAUAUAAAAGUAUCAGACGUUAUGAAAGAAGGUCAGGUUUCUAAAGUGGGGGAUACUGUUCGUUUGAUAAGUUCCACCAAACUGUUAUCUCCCACCAACGUUGUUCCAUCUUCAGGUUCUGAUGCUAAACACAUAGUUUUGGGCUCUACUCCCACAAUUCUAGUCUCUCCAUCACCUACCAAGUCAUACCUGUCAUCUAGCACUGCUCCAGGUAUAGCCAUUGGAACCAAAUUGAGAACGCCAGCCUCAAGAUUUGCCUCUCCCCAGUCCAAUGUUAUCCAUGGUAAUGUGUUCACCCCAGGAACAAGAGUUCUUAAAAUAGGGAGUACUGUUACCUCCACCGCUUUGCUUGUACCAUCAGCUGACAUUGUCAGUGCUCCGCGCAUCAAAGGCACAGCUCCUACCAAAAUCAUUUCAACCAUUCCAGAAAAGCAUGUGCUCACUGUGUCAGUUCCCAAGACCUCUGUGUCUGGGACACAGCCUAGGCUAUCACAGGCCAUACCUUCUACACCCAAACAGAUCAUCAAACUGAAUACAAACUAUUUUGCCAGCAGAUCCCAGCCAACAGUGAUUAUUCAGUCUUCUCCCUCUGUUCAAUCAAUACAUCGGCAGUCUCAAGGGAGCUCUAUUCUUAAGACCCUCACACCGACAACGGUCACCACUGUUAGGACUCCACAAGCAUCCAUUCCUAACCCUAAGAAGGUAGUUGCCACUGGAAUAUCUGCCCCAAAGCAGCCAACUGUGAUAAGUCAGCCUAGUAGUCUACUCAGCAACCAAAUAAUGAUCAGUCUAGACGAUGGAACAACAGCUAUGCUUGACCCAGACUCUUUAGCCCAACUGUUGUCCAUGUCCCCAACUUUAAACACUCAAACUGACCUGGACAGUGAGAUCUUGUCUACCAUUGAGACAGAUCCUGAACAUGUAAUGGUCAACAUGGCUGAGAUACAGCCAGCCCAUCAGCAACAGACUGAUGACAUCAGCUGGCCUGCCAAUGGUUGUGUUGAUUUAACAGACUUUUCUAAUAGCAUUUGCGAUUUAUGAACAUUGCUAUGAAUAAACUAAUUGUGCUGUUUAUUAUCAAUAUUUUCUAUACCCCCCACCCACCCCCCAUACACAUUCAGUCAGCAUUCUGUAACUAUAUCUUGCACUUGAUUAGCUAACAUCAAUUUAUAGUUCAUUUUAGUUCUCAAUUGUUGUCACUGAUGCAAAUUCAAACACAAAAGUGGGUCACUAUUAGACUUACCCUAGCUAUUGUUAUGUAAUGUGUUUGGACUCUUCCUACUAAGGGUCCAUUUUAGUUCAGCUAGCUCCUGAAUGAUGUUUUGAUGUACCGGUAAUCCUACUGAAAUUUUCAGUAUUUAAUGAAGACAGUACAAAACUUUCUAGAAUAUUAAUUAGAAAAAUUAACAUAAACAGGCUACUAUUUACUAAUGAAAUAGUUAACCUCGAAAGUAUGAAACUGGUGCAUUAUUAUGUUUGCAUUUAUUGUCCUAAAACUAACCGUAUGUAUGUAAAUAUGUUUUGUUUUUGUUUGUUUGUCUAUUUUGCUGUUUAAUUGUUCAUGGUGAACUUGUGAGUGGUCUGCAGGGACUUGUCAUGGAGUUCUGCUACCUCUUGUUCUAGAUAUUUCUAAUGUGAUAAUGACUGUCAACUAGCCUUUGAAUGGGCUGACACCACUGCUAGGUUUGUGAUUUGUGUUCCUAGUUUGAUUUCUAUUUGGUUACAUUUUGAUGGAUUGGUCAGAAGAUAUUGACUCAUGAAUUUCUUGUUAUUAUUAAAGUUUGACUUUGGAAAAGAA